GCUGGCAGUGUUGCUGUUGUUCAGUGUGGCUGUGUUUUGGCAAGUCAUUUAACGCGCUCUAGCUAAAGCUAUCGGUAGCUCAUACAUUUCACCUAACGAACAGACGGCAGAACAACAUUCAGACACACCGCAACUGAAAUGGAUUCUCCUGGUCAACCUAAGGGAGGUAAUCGGUCUCGCGAAGCCAGACAUGGGCCGAGCCACUCCAGUGGCCCUCGCCAGAAAGACGCCUACGCCAGACUCCUUAGCCAGCAUCACAGCGUUAAGUUCCGAUCUUACCUGGACCAGUAUGCCCAGCAGCAGGGUGAAGAGCAUCUGCCGAGCGCACUGAGGCAAGGCCUGGUGCACAGCGACAAGCAAGACAUACCACCAAGGAGAAGGGACCAGGCGUUAAUCGAGUGCUCUGACUCGAGUGACUUCUCACCUUCACCCAUGAGGGGCAAGGGAGGAGAAGAGAGCUCGGUGUCUUUGUACAUGGAUAAGCUGAGCGUCCGGGCGGCAUCGCAGGAGACGGAGAGGAGGCACGGGGUUUCUGACAAGCAGCGACGUGGGGAGAGGAGGGACACCAACACCAGCCAAGAUGGAGAUGUGGAGUCGGGUGAGGAGUUUGGCUUCGUCAGACCGCAGCACCAGAUGAGGAACAAAGACCGCCAUUCCGACUUGCCCGUAGAAAACCAUGGGAAAAAGAACAUGAGUCACGGGGCAUCACCCCUUAAAGCUAGCUCGACUGGCCCGGUUCCGGAACAGGAGAAGAAGAAGUCUAAGAAGAAGAAUGUGCCGAAGAACAACUUGGACAACAAGCCAGACGGGCCAGCACAUACCGACCUUAACGCAGACGUGUCAAAUUCCCCUCUUAAUAAAGUCAAACCGGCGCCACCCCAAGGUGCCUCUGUGCCUUCUGACAAGGGUAAGAGGAACAGAGGAGGCCGCGGAGGAUCGAAGAAGCAAGUGUUUGACGAAUACAUGACCGUAGAGGAUGUUUCCCACUGGCUGAAAAGAGGAGAGCUUGUUCAGGGAUCAAUAAGAAUCAACCCCAAAAAGUACCAUGAGGCUUUCAUUGCAUCACCAGAUGGCAAACGGGAUAUUUUCCUGGAUGGGAUCGUGGCUCGUAACCGGGCUCUGAACGGUGAUGUGGUGGUGGUGCAGAUUCUCCCUCAGGAGCUGUGGAAGGUGGUGAAGUCCGACAGCGAGGGGGUGAGCGAGCCAGAGGCCCAGCCCGGGAAGGGCCAGACGCCAGGGAGGAAGAGCAAACGGCCACCCAGUCCCGAUGUCAUCGUGGAGGCCGAGGAUGAGGAGCAGCUGGCUGGGAGUUUGCAGAGCGUCGCCCUCAACACCACAGAAGUUGAAGGCACAAAAGAGGUCUUGCAGAGAACUGCCAAGGUGGUGUACAUAGUGGAGCAGAAGCACUCCCGGGCCGCCACGGGCUUCCUCAAGUUCCUCCCGGACAAGCCGUUUGCCAUGUUCUCCCCUGUGGACCACCGCGUGCCACGGGUCAACAUUCCCCUGGCCGACUGCCCCCACGACUUCCCCUCCCGGCCCGGAGACUACACCAACAUUCUGUUCAUCGCCCGCAUCACCAACUGGCCGGACGACAGCAACUUUGCGGAGGGUCGACUCGCCAAGACACUCGGCCAAGCCGGGGAAAUCGAGCCGGAGACCGAAGGCAUCCUGAUCGAGUAUGACGUCGACUUCUCGGAGUUCUCCGAUGAGGUGCUGGGCUGCCUGCCCCAGACUCUGCCCUGGACCAUCCCUCCUGAGGAACUCCGAAACAGGAGAGACCUGAGGAAGGAAUGCAUUUUCACGAUAGACCCUGCUACCGCCAGAGAUCUAGACGACGCCCUGUCUUGUAAACUGCUCCCAGACGGCAAUUUUGAGCUGGGUGUCCACAUCGCCGACGUGAGUUACUUUGUGGAAGAAGGAAACGCGCUGGAUUUCAUCGCCAGCCGACGCGCCACCAGUGUCUACAUGGUUCAGAAGGUCAUCCCAAUGUUACCGCGCCUGUUGUGUGAGGAGCUGUGUAGCCUGAACCCCCUGACGGACAGACUCACCUUCUCCGUCAUCUGGAAGAUCACCCCUGAGGGGAAGAUCUUGAGCGAGUGGUUCGGUCGCUCAGUGAUCCGCUCGUGUGUGAAGCUGAGCUACGACCAUGCCCAGAGCAUGAUCGAGGCCCCGGACAAGCUGUUCCGGGCGGACGAGCUGCCCGCCUGCUCUCCCGAGCACCCCGUGGACGAGAUCCACCGGGCUGUGCUCAACCUGCACGCCAUCGCCAAGCGGCUUCGCGCCCAGCGCUUCGAGAGCGGUGCCCUCCGCCUGGACCAGAUGAAGCUGUCCUUCACACUUGACAGAGAGACUGGCAUGCCCCAGGGCUGCUAUGUGUACCAAUACCGCGACAGCAACAAGUUGGUGGAGGAGUUUAUGUUGCUGGCCAACAUGGCAGUUGCCCACCAAAUCUACCGCUCCUUCCCCCAGAAGGCCCUGCUGCGUCGCCACCCGCCACCCCAGACCAAGAUGGUGGACGACCUGCAGGAGUUCUGUGACCAGAUGGGCCUCAGCAUCGACUUCUCCUCGGCCGGGACCCUCCAUAAAAGCCUAAACGAGACUCUUGGGGAUGACGAGUACACCAGUGCCAGGAAAGAGGUUCUCACCCACAUGUGCUCCAGACCAAUGCAGAUGGCCAUGUACUUCUGCACGGGCGUGUUGACGGAAGAGCGGCUGUUCCGCCACUAUGCGCUCAACGUGCCCUUCUACACCCACUUCACGUCCCCCAUACGUCGCUACGCCGACCUCGUCGUCCAUCGGCUGCUGGCAGCCUCCCUGGGCUGUGGUCCUCCCCUGGAGCUGAAGGGAGAGGAGGUGCAGAAGCAGGCGACUCAAUGCAACGACAAGAAGACUGCCUCCAAGAGGGUCCAGGAGCUCAGCGCAGAGCUGUUCUUCAGCGUCUUCGUCAAGGAGAGUGGCCCGCUGGACUCUGAAGCCAUGGUAAUGGGGAUUCUGGACCAGGCUUUUGACGUCCUCGUGCUGCGCUACGGCGUUCAGAAACGCAUCUACUGCAAGGGCCUGGAAGGUCUGGAGACAUUUCACUUCCACAAGGUGGGGAAGAAAGGGGAGAUGACUCUGGUGUGGGCUGCUGAUGAAGCGGGGAGGGUUGGUGUACGCCAGGAGAUCUCCAUCUUCAGCCUGGUGGACGUCCAGCUGAGGACAGAUGGGACACCAAUGAAAUACAGUGCUGUGAUUAAGAGGCCCAAUGAGACUGUGUAAUAGAUACUCCCAUCUGCCCUCAAUAACCUUUCACCUGUCCUCUGAGACAGACACACACACACACACACACACAAUAUUGCACAUGUUUUUUAUGUAGUUGUGUUGAACAUUGAUUUAAAGUCCGGGCUCUUUUACCAUGAAGUAACCAUGGCUGCACUGAGGUAGUGUUAUUGAAGUACAGCCUGGCUGCUUUGAGUUUUUACUGUAAACGUGCCAAGACUUGGAUUGUGUUUUGACCUUAUGAGGUCAUUUUUAGAUAAAUAUACACACAGUCAGUGUGUGACGAUGGUGGCUUAAACUGUUUUUUAGUUUAAAUGAAUGUUGCUGAUGUGCAGUAACCGUUAUUUUCAGUCGCAGUGUAUUUAAAUUCUACGCAUUAAUUAUUAGAGUCCCCAGCCCCAGUUGAAACAAUGUACUUUAGGGACAAAGUCUUCAUAAACCCCCCAUAACAGGAAAAACCUAGAUGCUUUAUACAUUUAAAGUGAAUAUAUAUAUAUUAAUUCACUGUUUUUGUUUCUCUAUCUGAUCAUUACUGCCGCAGUACAUGUGCCGCAGAGGAUUACAGUGCUUGAGAGCCCCAUGCUUUCUAAAGUUAUUGUAACAUAAAACGAAUCUGUAACAGUCACACCAUCAGACGCUUUGCUAAAGCUGUUGUUGUCCUUUCUGUUGUGGGACAGCUUUCUCACAGGCAUCUGCUCAAUAAUUAUUUGCGUAGCGCAUUAGGUUUUAUAAGGGAUUCUUGACAUUUGUUUAAAGUGGGCUCCUGAAACGCUCCCUGUUGUUGACAGAUAACUGUUGCCUAGUAACAUACAGAUAGACCUAGCCCCACCACCAUUUUAUUGCUGUUUAGAUUUUUAUUGCAGUGCAUGCUGGUGAUGACAGGGCAGAUUCCAAGCAUUUCCCUCGAAAUUGUCAGGUGUGCGACUCAGAUGUUAGGAUAAGUUAUUGGAAGACUGUUUGGGAAUUACUUGAACAUGUUCUACAAUGCUACUGUGAUCUUCCUUGUGAAUGUGGGGGCUUGAUUUAAAAAAUAGAUUAAGAAAAAAAUGUAAAAAAAAUUGUUUGCAUUGACUACAGUUGUUUUAUUUAGCUGUUUGUUGUGUUAACCAAGUGGUUGACAGACCUCCUGGGCUCCCAAAGCGGCUCCACGUUUCAGAUGAAUUCCUUCUCUGGCGCAGCCAAAUCAACUUGUGAACUAAAUAUCAAUGAUUCUCGCCUACAGUCAUGUCUGUGAGAUGCUUGUGGUUCCCCAGGGGUUAAAGGCACUGUCUUGGCUCACCAUUUCAUCACCCAUAAAAGCUUUCCAGCGAUGUGCUUGUGAAACCAUUAUAGGGAGCUUUUUUCGGGUUGUAGUGCAUCUCAAGAUUUUAACUGUCCCAGCCUUAACAAAGUGUCCUAUGUUGUUUGAAGGGCAGAAAUCUCUCUUUCCGGUCAAUAAGCUGUUGUGCCUUUUCCUGUAAUUCAUAAAAAAAAAUUAAUUGCAGUGUAAAUUUAUAGAUAGAUUCUUUAGUUGCCACAUUAAUUUUUAGAUGUAGGUUUUGAAUGCUUAAACCUCGAUGCUUGAGGAAUAUAACUUGUAAAUUCCUCACUCUCCUAUACCAUCAGAAACCAAUAAUGUGUUUUAUUCCAAUUAGUAAAUUCAAAUAGUAUACAACCUCAAAGCACAGUCAAAAUAUUUUGAUUUUACUAAUAAUUUAAUCCAAAGCUCUGCCUAUGAAUGUAAGAGUGGUUCUGUUCUCAAGGCCAGUUUGUUAUUGUUUAAAUUAAGAACACUAGCUUUAAGCAAUUGUUCUGUGUUAGGACAAAAUAUGUUCUUCACAUGUGCCAAAAGUAACAAACCUGUUUUUUCUUUGUAACCAUAUUUGGCAUUAUAACAGUUGUUUCUUUUCAGUAACUAAAGCAUUUUCUGUUGCUGUUGUUAAAUGUUACAAUUUGUAGUCAAUAAACAUUUAAAAAAAUCC